CAGGGUCGCCUCCGGCGGCGGCGGCAGCGUCCGUUGAAGCGCCAUGGCCGACGGCGGCGGCGGUGGCCGUGCUGGUGCGCGUAGUCCACGGAGCUCCCCUGGCCGGGCGCCGCCGGUCCCGCGCGCGACUGGGCCGGGCGACGGCGGUGUUGGCGGCUGCGGGGAGACACCGCGGGCGGCGGCGCUGGCGCUGCGCUUUGACAAGCCCAUCAAGCAGGCCUUCUACAAUACCGGGGCCGUGCUGUUCGUGUGCCUGUGCUGCGGCGCCGCCGUGCUCGUCUACUUCAUCCUGGAGGCCUUCCUGCGGCCCCUGCUGUGGGCCGUGCUGUGCGGCACCUUCCUGCACCCCUUCAAGAACUCGCUGACGCGCCUGGGCCGCCACUGGCUGCAGCGCCUGCACCGCGCGCACACGCCCAUCGUGCUGGCCGCGCUGCUGCUUCCGCUGUGCUUCGCGGACUACGGCGUGGAGGCCCUUGGCGAGCAGGCGCUGCGCCGCCGACGCCUGCUGCUGUUGCUCGGCGCCGGCGGUCCGCUUCUCUAUGGCCUCUACAGCCUCGGCAGCUACCUGGGCGUGCAGGUGCUGCUGGCGCACGCCGGCGCGCACAUCUGCCGCGGGCUGGACUACUUCAGCAGCCUGUGGAUCUGGACGUUGGUAGUUGGCUAUGUGUUGACUGUUUCAUUCAAGUGGAAUGCAAGCACUGAACGCUACUUGAGAGCAAUUUCAAUUCCUGUCUGGAUUAUAUUGCUUUUUCAUUUAGCAUCCCUGGCUGGCUCAUGGAGAAUUCCAGUAUUCCUGGUUAUUGUUUUCCUGAUAUCUGUGGGCACCCUCUAUGAAAAACACAAUGGAAAAGACUCUUCUGGAGCAGAAUUACCAGGGCAGGUUAUCUCCAUGGCAGCUUCUACUCUAGCAACGUUGGCCAUCUCUAUCACAGGAUAUGAAUCAGCCACUGAAGACCAGCCAUCAGCCCAGCCUGCAGAAACCCUGGACAGAGGAGAACCACCCCCAACACUGUCCUCAUCUUCAGCUUCCUCCCUUUCACCCACUCUGGGCAGACAAAGGCUUGAAAUUGGAACGUUUCUCAGAAAGAAGAAAACCAGUGAUAUCUACUUUGUGUCUCUUGUUUGGGCCAUCGUUGGCGUCCAGAUCUGGUUGAACCUGUGGAUUGUGCAGUUGCUGCCCGUGCCUAUUGCAGUCUGGAUACUCAAAAAGCUGGUUAUUCACUUUGGAGUUGUGAACUUCCUGGAGAAACGCUGCUGUGUGUGGUGGCAGGUUAUAGAGCACUUCUUGAGGGAGCGGCAGGAAGCCCUAGCACCAGGGCCAAUUAUUGGGCUUGGAAAAUUCUUGUUGAAAGUUGAUAGCAAGCUCUGGCACUGGCUAAAUAAGAAGAUGAUCAUCUGGUUGGAGAAGAUGUUAGACAAAAUAAUUAGCAUUUUCAUCAUAUUUUUGUUAGUGAUAGGAACCCUUCUAUUAGCCCUACUGCUGACUGCAAAGGUACAUCAAGAGAGUGUACACAUGAUUGAAGUUACAAGCAAUUUGAUUAAUGAAACUCUAGGAAAUCACCCUGAAUGGGCAAAUUGGCUUCCCGAGGCUCAGGUAGUCCAAAGAGCCCUCAAUUCUGCGGCUAACAAUGUGUAUCAGUAUGGACGAGAAUGGAUAACCCACAAGCUUCAUAAAAUCCUGGGAGAUAAGGUGAACAAUACUGCUGUAAUUGAAAAGCAAGUAUUAGAACUUUGGGACCGACUCUAUCAUUCUUGGUUUGUAAAGAAUAUAACACAUUCUGGAAGGCACAAAGGACAUAAGAUGCAUAUAAGUCGUCAGAAUAGCUGGCUGGGAGACAUCCUGGACUGGCAGGAUAUUGCUUCCUUUGUUCACGAGAACAUUGAGACAUUUCUUUCGAUCUUAGAGUCUCUGUGGAUUGUUAUGAGCCGGAACGUGAGCCUGCUUUUCACCACUGUCACUACUCUCCUGACCAUCCUCUUCUACAGUGGGACUGCCCUUCUCAAUUUUGUGCUGUCUCUGAUAAUUUUCCUGACCACACUAUUUUAUCUGUUAAGUUCCAGUGAUGAGUACUACAAGCCAGUGAAGUGGGUGAUAAGCCUGACACCACUAUCUCAGCCAGGGCCUUCUUCUAAUAUUAUCGGCCAGUCUGUGGAAGAAGCGAUCAGAGGGGUGUUUGAUGCUUCCCUCAAAAUGGCUGGCUUCUAUGGAUUGUACACCUGGCUGACUCACACUAUAUUUGGCAUCAAUAUCGUCUUCAUACCAUCAGCGUUAGCAGCAAUUCUUGGUGCAGUGCCCUUCCUGGGGACGUACUGGGCAGCAGUCCCUGCAGUUCUAGACCUGUGGCUUACCCAGGGCUUAGGAUGCAAAGCCAUCUUACUGUUGGUUUUCCAUCUCUUGCCAACAUACUUUGUAGAUACUGCCAUCUAUUCUGAUAUAUCAGGGUAAGUCUCCCCCAGAACUUAUGAAGUUGCUGGUGAAUCAUAUUCAGUGAUUUAUGUGGCCUUCUUAAUGGAGGGUUUGGGUAUUUUUCUUUUGAAGAUGGAAGAAAGGAAAGGUG